CGCGCAAUAUCUGACGUGCCUGCGGCCCGCCUUCCGGAAGGAAACCCUGGCGGCUAACUAUGGCGACGGUGGCGGAGCAGUGGGUGCUGGUGGAGAUGGUACAGGCGCUCUACGAGGCUCCUGCUUAUCAUCUUAUUUUGGAAGGAAUUUUAAUACUCUGGAUAAUCAGACUUCUUUUCUCUAAAACUUACAAGUUACAAGAACGAUCUGAUCUUACAGUCAAGGAAAAGGAAGAAUUGAUUGAAGAGUGGCAACCAGAACCUCUUGUUCCUCCUGUCUCAAAAGACCAUCCUGCUCUCAACUACAACAUCGUUUCAGGCCCUCCAAGCCAUAACAUUGUGGUGAAUGGAAAAGAAUGUAUAAACUUUGCCUCAUUCAAUUUUCUUGGAUUGUUGGAUAACCCGAGGCUCAAGGCAGCAGCUUUGGCAUCUCUAAAGAAGUAUGGUGUGGGAACUUGUGGACCUAGAGGAUUUUAUGGCACAUUUGAUGUGCACUUGGAUUUGGAAGACCGCCUGGCAAAAUUUAUGAAGACAGAAGAAGCCAUUAUAUACUCAUAUGGAUUUGCCACCAUAGCCAGUGCUAUUCCUGCUUACUCUAAGAGAGGGGACAUUGUGUUUGUAGAUAAAGCUGCCUGCUUUGCUAUUCAGAAGGGAUUACAGGCAUCACGUAGUGACAUUAAGCUAUUUAACCAUAAUGAUAUGGAUGACCUGCAGCGACUAUUGAAAGAACAAGAGAUUGAAGAUCAAAAGAAUCCUCGCAAGGCUCGUGUAACUCGACGUUUCAUUGUAGUCGAGGGGUUAUAUAUGAAUACUGGAACUAUUUGCCCUCUUCCAGAAUUGGUUAAGUUAAAAUACAGAUAUAAAGCAAGGAUCUUUCUGGAGGAAAGCCUUUCGUUUGGAGUCCUGGGGGAGCAUGGCCGAGGAGUCACUGAACAUUUUGGAAUCGAUAUUGAUGAUAUUGAUCUUAUCAGUGCCAACAUGGAGAAUUCACUUGCUUCUAUUGGGGGUUUCUGCUGUGGCAGGUCUUUCGUAAUUGACCAUCAGCGACUUUCCGGCCAGGGAUACUGCUUUUCAGCUUCAUUACCUCCCCUCUUAGCUGCUGCUGCAAUUGAGGCCCUCAACAUCAUGGAAGAAAAUCCAGGUAUUUUUGCAGUGUUGAAGGAAAAGUGCAAACGAAUUCAUAAAGCUUUACAAGGCAUUUCUGGAUUAAAAGUGGUGGGUGAGUCCAUUUCUCCAGCAUUUCACCUCCAGCUGGAAGAGAGCACUGGGUGUCGAGAAAGAGACGUUAAACUACUUCAGGAAAUAGUAACUCAAUGCAUGGACAGAGGCAUCGCGUUAACUCUGGCGCGCUACCUGGAGAAAGAAGAGAAGUAUCUCCCUCCUCCGAGUCCACAGACCCCGUGACAUCUGAGGAGGCUGCCACGGGUUCCAUGCACAGUGCAGAGGAAGCCCUGGAGUCAGGUCAUCUAGAGGAGAACCAGCAUCACCACCUGCCAUCCGUGUGAACCUGGAGAGUGGCUUAAACUGACUGUGCCUCAGUUUCUCCAUCUGUGAAAUGAGAGUAAUCGUGCCCCAGCCCACAGAGCCGUUGUGAGAAUUAGGUGAGACGAUACAUGCAAAUACUUUAAAUUGCACCUGAUGUGUAGUAAGUACAAAAUAUGUGUUAUUAUUAUUAUUAAUGAUAAUAAUGUGAAUGAGACAAAUUGGCAAAAAGAACUCGAUACAGGAGUGCAGAUCUCUUACCUCUUACAUGAUCCAGUAGGAAAUCACUCCAGGAGGGCUUAGGACUUACAUGACAUCCAGGUCCGUGAUUUUUCCUGCAACUGCUUUAUGGAAGCCACCCCAAAUACUGAAGACUGAAGGAGUAUUUCUGUCCCCUUAAUUCACAUGCACGGCUUAGAACCAGCUUCCUGCAUGUUCUGUUGACAAUCCAGAUCUCCUGGCAGUUAAUUCCAAGCCCACCCCUCCAUCUCCCACACGGGGGCUGAUAGCUGAGAAACUGAGUGUCCCACCCACCCUGGGGGCUGGAGCUGAAGAGAGAGACCUCUGUUCAAAUUCCCAGCGUGUUUAGGCUCUGAUGCCAGUGAAAGUGAAAGAGGCAGUUAAAGUGUGGUGUGUUGUCGGGUUUCCCAGCUCAUUGCAGGUAAGAAAGACUUGUAUUUGCAGCUUGGCCCUUUCUCAGCUCACAAGCUCAGAACUAGUAGAGGUCUGGAGGCCAGGCCUCCCAACAGGCUGCCUCCAUGCAGGCAGGCCUGAGUCCCCUACCGGGAUAGCAGAGAUGUCUCUCUAUCUGCGCAUCUUAACACUGCUGCUGCUGCUGAGCUGAGUUGAGUUAGAACAGGGCUGAGUUGCCAUUUCCACGGCUUCAGAUCUGUGGGUGAUACAUCAUUUUAUGGCUGUCACAUCUGCCUCUUCCACAUUCUUGAUUUCUUUUGUUCAAGUGAAGAGAAAACCCUCAUUUGCCCUGUGCAAUCGACCCACAGUCUCUGCUUGGAGCUGAGCACCAGGGGAUUGGUGAGUGCACGUGGCCCACGGUUCCUCCACAUCUGUUUUCUGUCCCUUAGUGGCUGGGUGGCCUCCCGGCUCGUCUGACUCCCCAGCUUAGAUGGAUGUGCAAAGUCCUUAUUCUUCGUCCCUGGGGAUGAGGAGCCUUGCUUCCUCGUUGUUUACAUUUUUAAAAUUACACAGUGAUUACAUGUUCAAAUUAAACAUCCGAACAAUAAGGAGGCAUGAAGAAUAAAACUUGAAAAUCCUAUUUCCACCCAUUCCACUCCCCUUCCCAGGGGUAACUCUUAUUCACAGUUCAUUGGAGAUCCUCCAGGACCGGUUUCUAUUUACAUAUAUACCUAUAUUCAAAUAGAUUUUUUAAAAUGCAGAACAACAGCCUUGUUCUUGUUCCUUGUUCUGACUUAACCUAGGAAUUUUUCUAUACCAGGCCUUCAUUCCUUUUACUUUAUGAAGAGUAUUCUGUAGUUUGGAUGGGUUACAAUUUAUUUGACUAAUUUUCUUUUCGUAGACAUUUAAGUUUCUUAUUUUUUUCCUACAACAAACAAUGCUGAAAUGAACAUCCUGGAACAUGUAACUAUAUGUGCCUCUGUGGGAAUUUCUACGAUGUGGAUUUUAGAAUUGAAAUCUUGAGUCCAAGAGUUUGCAAAGUCUUUCUUUGGAUAGGUACCAACAAAUAGUUUUAUCAGAUAUCUAUAUGACAAGUUUUUUUAAUUUCUUUUCUUGACUUUGUUAUCUUUCUCUCUACAACUAUUUCAAAUUUUAAUGCUAUCAAGUCCGCCAGUCUCUUCCAUUAUGGCCUGGAAAUUUUGCCUUGCUAAAAAAGUGUCCCCACCUCACAAUUAUAAAAAGGCCAUCCUUUCUCCUUCAAAUACUUCUUCGUAUGGAUCCAUAGCCACUUGGUGAGCCGUUUGUCUUGCCUUGACUAAUGUCAGAACUUUCCAACUAUUGUUGAUUUCUAAUAUGUUUUUGUAUCUGGUAGGACAAGUCUCCUAUCUUUCUCUUGUUCGAAAUAUUCUUUGACAUUCUCACACUUUUUCUCUUCUGGAAGAACGUUAGAAUCAACUUAUCAUAUUUUAAAAUCAGCACGGUUGUAUCUGCACCAUACAGCCUUCAAACAUGUUGAUGGAGACCUUAAUUCUCUCAGGCACAAACUACCUGAUGAGAUCAAAUGCUCCAACCAGCUGUGCUGAUGGAAACCUCUUCUGAACAUGCUAGAAGAUCCACAGGGAGGGACUUCCCUGGCGGUCCAGUGGUUAAGACUCCACGCUCCCAAUGCAGGGGGCACAGGUUCAGUCCCUGG